UUGUUUUGGUUUUCUACUGGAUUUACAAACUGUUUGGAUGUUGGGUAAAAUCGCCCAGGCUGCAUCGGAUCCAGAUAGUAAUGAACUUUCUGGGCUUCAGUGCGAAGAUGAAACAUCAGAUGCACAGAAUUUUCACCAUGUGUUUUUGGUAGAUUACACUUUUGCAUUCGCAGUAACAUUCAACGGCGCUGAGGCAAGCUGUUCGCUAGGCUAAAUGGGGUCGUACGCUGACUGUGCUUGUUUUGAUAGUGCAUUUGGAACUCCGGACUGAAGUGAGUUAUUUUUUCCUCAACCCAAGAACCUUUUAUAUUUAUUCAAGAAAUUGGGAUUAGUGGGCGGAGACUCCAAUUUACGUUUAGUAAAUUAUGUUGCUGUUGAAAAUGUAAGAUGCUGCUAAAGGAUUCGACCAACUUUAACACUGUACCGAGAGUAUUGAAGUCCGGCAGCUAGCAUUGCUUUUGGUACGACGCUGUUAGCUAGCCAGCUAGCUAGCUAAUUUAAGCGUUUGCCUUGACAAAAUUAGCCUACGAGUCCAGGCGGGGUAAAAUCGCUUGCAAUUUCAUCAAUGGGGAAAGUAAAUUGAAUCCCUGUGGUUCUCUAUUUUAAAUUCGGCAUACGUGCAACAUUAAAAAUAGCUCAACUUUUUUUGAUAUCGUCUAACUAUAUAAUUUCCCAAAAUGGCUAGUCCAACCUCAGAGCAGGGUUGUUUUUCGGACGUAAGAAAGGUGGGAUAUUUAAGGAAGCCUAAAAGCAUGCACAAGAGGUUUUUUGUUCUGCGCGUCGGGAGUACGGCGGGACCUUCUCGCCUGGAGUACUACGAGAAUGAAAAGAAAUGGAGGCACAAGUCCGGAGCUCCCAAACGUUCCAUACCGCUGGAGAGUUGUUUCAACAUCAACAAGCGAGCGGAUUCCAAAAACAAAUUUCUAGUUGCUCUGUACACUAAGGACGAGUACUUUGCCAUCGCUGCCGAUAGCGAGACCGAGCAGGAUGCCUGGUACCAAGCAUUGGUAGACCUGCACAACAGAGGUAAAGUCCACGAUACCGCUGCGGGCAACGGAAUAGGAGAGGAUAAUUACAGCGAGGCUUCGCCAGGACCUGCCUUUAAAGAGGUCUGGCAGGUUAUUUUGAAACCAAAGGGCCUUGGACAGACGAAGAACCUCAUUGGGAUUUACAGACUAUGCCUGACGAACAAAACUAUCAGCUUUGUUAAGCUGAACUCUGAUGCUGCCGCCGUUGUACUGCAGCUGAUGAACAUCCGCCGGUGCGGCCACUCUGAAAACUUCUUUUUCAUCGAAGUCGGGCGCUCCGCAGUGACGGGCCCUGGUGAGUUCUGGAUGCAGGUGGAUGAUUCAGUCGUGGCGCAGAACAUGCACGAAACUAUCCUGGAGGCCAUGAAAGCGAUGAGUGAAGAGUUCCGGCCGCGCAGCAAGAGCCAGUCAUCCUCCUCUCACUGUUCCAACCCCAUCUCGGUGCCGGUACGCCGGCAUCAUCACAACAACCCCCCGCCAAGUCAGGUGGGUCUGGGGCGUCGCUCCCGAGCAGAGAGUGUGACAGCCACGUCUCCAGCCGGACCAGGAAAGCACAGUCACUCAUUCCGCGUUCGUGCGUCCAGUGAUGGGGAGGGGAGCAUGUCUCGGCCGGCCUCAGUGGACGGUGGCAGUCCCAGCAGCCCCUGCAUUGGUGGCUUACGCACCCAGUCCUACCGGCAGCGCGCGGGGGGCUCUGCACGCUUACACCCACCCCUCAAUCACAGCCGCUCCAUCCCCAUGGCAACGAGUUCGCGCUGCUCGCCGUCGGCCGUGAGCCCCGUCAGCUUGUCAUCCAGCAGCACCAGUGGACACGGCUCCACCUCCGAUGGCCUGUUCCCGAGGCGGUCCAGCGCUUCCAUCUCGGGGUCACCCAGCGAUGGCGGCUUCGUGUCAUCGGACGAGUACGGCUCAAGCCCCGGAGACUUCAGGGGAGGCGCGUUCCGGAGCGCCACGCCGGACUCUCUUGGCCACACCCCUCCGGCCAGGGGGGAGGAGUCUCUGGUGUCGGACUAUAUCUCCAUGACCCAGACGCCGAGGCGUCCGGAUGAGCACGAGCAAGAAAAGAGCUUCCGGAAGCGGACGCACUCCUCGGGUACGGCGUCACCCCCUGUGACCUGCCACCAUCAGAAGACGCCCUCUCAGUCAUCGGCAACAUCGCUGGAGGAGUAUGCAGUCAUGCUGCCCGCCUACCCCUGCAUCCGGCCCUCUCCCUCGGCCCUGGCAACGCCCUCUCCCUCAUCCUCCUCGUUACCAUCGGCAACCUGCCGGCACUCUGCCUUUGUUACCCCACACUCAUACCCGGAGGAGGGGCUAGAGGUGGUAAAUGGAGGAGCCUCCACCCAAAAGGAUGAUGGCUACAUGCCCAUGUCACCAGGCGUGGCUCCCGCCUCUGUCAUCUCCAUGGCGACAGUCGCCAUGAGCACAGGUACGGUCUCCGGGGGCGACUACAUGCCAAUGAGCCCCAAGAGCGUGUCGGCGCCGCAGCAGAUUGUCAACGCCUCCCCAAGGCAGCGUCUCCACGACAACGGGGAGGUGGACGCCAGCGGCUACAUGAUGAUGUGGCCCGGCAGCAGCUGUUCGCCCGACGGGCCCGGCAGGCUGCUGAGCGCCGGUGUCCCGGUUGCGAGCCGCGUGACUGCUCCCACAGCGCCCCCCUCAGGAGACUACAUGAACAUGUCCCCCGUCAGUGGUUCGGCCACGAGCACCCCUCCGGACUGCUAUUUCAGCACCGGUGCUGGCGGAUACUUCUCCCUUCCGCGCUCCUUCAAGCAUGCCCACCGUAAGCAGGCCGAUCACACCUCCUCCUCCUCCUCUUCGCCACGCCUGUCGCUUGGCGCUGGGCGCCGUGCUUACACCGACUCCUCUUCCUCCUCUGCCAGCAGCGAUAGCCUCGGCGGAGGAGGUGGCAGUCAUGUCAACAGCCAGCAUCCGAGCCGGCUGCAGCCGCCUUUGGGCCGCUCCAAGCGCCUGUCGGAGACGGGGGAGAGUCGGCUGGCGCGGCCCACCCGGCUGGCACUGGAGGGGGGACGAGCGAGCACACUCCCCCGCUCGCGCCAGACCCCCUACCAGCCUGAGCCCCGCAGCCCAGGAGAGUAUGUCAACAUCCAGUUCAGCGAUCGAUGCUUCUCCUCCAGUCUCGCCUCGCUCUUCCCAGCCUCUGAGAGGCCCGCUGAGAUCUUUGCCUCCUCCGACCGACCGGCCGAGCUCUUCCCUUCCUCUGAUAGGCUAGCCGAGCUGUUUCCAGUCUCUGAAAGGCCAGAUGAGCUGUCUGCCCCAUCUUCCUCCUCCACUGACUACAUGAACAUGCAGUUAGGAUCUUCAAAUGGGCUGUCAGUCACCGGGGUAACGACCUCUGAUCUCCAUGACCUGUCCGACUAUGCAGUGGUGACCCCUGGCUCUGGUGUUCCGCCUGGCUCUGCUGCGUUGCCAUGCGACAGCAUCUGUCAGCGCGACUACCUGAGCAUGCAGGUGUUCUCUGGAUCUCCAGUGAUGCUUCGAAACCCAUCCUCAUUGGCAGACGACCCGACCGCUGGCUCCUCCUCCCAUUCCAUCUCACCCAAUGGCAAUGAGACGCCGGGUGUGAGCAGCCCCCUGAUUGGCCCCCUCUCAGGCCUCAGCGCCUUCACGCGCGUGUCCUCUGUCACACCCCCCAACCGCACCCAAGGCGUCACCAAGGUGAUCCGCGCUGACCCCCAGGGUCGGCGGCGCCACAGCUCCGAGACCUUCGCCUCCACGACGACCAAGAGCCCAGUUGGCGCGGCGAACGGGCUGGCGUGCCCGGCCACGGAGGAAGUGAAGCGCCACAGCUCCGCCUCCUUCGAGAACGUCUGGCUGAAGCCCGGCGGCGAGCCCGUCUCCACGACGACGGCGUCCCUGACAACGACUGCUUCCGCCGGCGCGAGAAGAUCGGGAGUAGAGACGGGUCCGAUGGCAGCCCUCCUGACCCGGAACCAGAACGGGCUGAACUACAUCGACUUGGACCUGGCCCACGGGCGCGAGCCUCCGCCAGCCGAUUGGAACACGUUCGCCACCAAGGCUGGAGACGCAGGCGUGGGCGCGACGACUGACGACCUGAGCGCCUACGCAAGCAUCAGCUUCAACUCCCCGCAAGACAACAGAGAAGAGUGAUGAGCUGGAUCUGACGGGUCUUUGUGUCUGUAAAACCUGAAAUCCCGAGGGGGACUCCGACCGACCGGACCUCUGGAAAACCACACACAAACGGACCUCACAAAGCCUGGACCACAGUAGAAACACACACACGGAUACUCGCGCACACACACACACACACAUACAUACAUACUCAGAAAAGGACCAUAACAGGGAAAACCAGUACUCACCAACCAUACCUCGCAAUAAUGCCGGACUUCAGUCAUGCCAGUUUUACCUCAUUAAAGCUGGACCUCACCACAGACAUCAGCACCUCAGUAGCACCAUCAACCGCAGCUCCAAACCUGCACAUGCAAGAACCUUUACUCACCCAGAGACCUUUACUCACCCCGAGGUACAUGGAUACACUUUUGCACCGAGGUACUCAACUACAGGGCACACAUAUGGUACACACACACGCACAUAUAUACUGUAUGGACAUUGUUACAAACAGGUACAGACAGACUGAAACAAACACACACACACACACACACACACACUCACACUCACACUCACACAUACUGUAUGCAUAUUGUUACAAACAGGUACAGACAGACUGAAACAAACACACACACACACACACGCUCAUUCUCCAGUCACUGUGACCCCCUUGUGAAAUCUCACUCACGCUGGCCAAACAGCAAGCGGUAGCGUCUAUUAACUCGACACAGACCAGUACCUGUUCAGCCUUCAUCAGCAGAAGCCAUCAGAGCAGAGUCUGCUGCACAUCCCCCUCCCUUCCUCCCUUCCACCCUCCUCUCUGGGGAAACACAUAUAUCCACAUUUUAAUUUUGUAUUCAGCUGUUGGUUAUAGUUGUAUUUUUUUAUUUUAUUUUUUUUGUCUCUUUUGGGUUUUUAAUCAUCAAAUGUUUUUUGUUUGUUUUGUUUUUUGUUUUUGUUUUUAGGCUUUUAUUUUUUCAGCUUCCAAGCCUAUGCACCUCUGUAGAGAACACGAGCAUUAUUGUUAUUCUUAUUCUUAUUAUUAUACCUGUCCAGGCACAGGACGGUACGAAACAUAUCGCACAGGCUCUUUUAACAAGUGGGCUCACAGAUGCUCACCUGUGUUUUUUCCUGCAGUCUCAUGCCCGGCGGCCAUCUUGUUUGCCUGCACGGCCAUGCCAAGCAAAGCACCCCCUGUCUUUCAGUGGGGUGUGUGGUUUACAUCUGAGGCAGCCCGCAGUAGGACUAGCAGCUGUGGUGCACACAUGCUAAUCGUGCAGUCCAUGCUAAUCGUGUUGAUCGUCCACAUGGAUCCACAUCGGUCAGUAGAUCUACAUGGCAUUGGAACCGUGGAGUCUGCAAUGGGAGAUGACGCGUGAGGGGGGUCAGAUAUUGACGUAUUACGUUUAAUUUUUGGCACAGGGCUACAGUCAUCACUGAGUUCAGCUCAAUGAUGUUGAGGUUCAGUCAGUCGUGUUUUUUGAAGGCUAGAUUAUCAAGGAACCUGUCCUUUGAAACAGACUUCCAUAUUUUGAUCAAAAAGUUGAAAUUCUGCACACAAGUCUUGCAUGCAUUGCUGAGGUGGGGAGAUUAGGUUAGCCCCAGUUUUCAGAGCGGUACGUCAUUUGCAGACUUGGAAAAACAUUGAAGUACUUAUCUGAUGAUGCAGCUUCACUGCUUUAUUUAAGUCAACGUCUCACAAGUGUGAGGUUCCGUAAGUCGGUACGUUCUGUUGAAGUGCCGCGCAGAGUUCCAUAUGAACCCUUAGUACCCAGGAAGUGAGCUCAGUUGUGUCCCAUUUCAUGUCCUGUCACCACGGAAACAGCGUAGAUCUCAGGGCAUCAUCAUGGCAUGUCACGGCACAGCAGUCCUGCCGCCUGUUCCAUCAUUACAUUGUCAUAAUGACACUACGGCUUUGGUCCUCAUACGCAUGUGUCCUCAUGGCUCCAUUUGACACGGUACUACAGGUAUGCAAUAAGUUAAUGCCAAAUGGAGAGCCAUUGAACGGCUUGAGGUCAAUGCAAGGUCACUGCGGUUAAGGCUUGGAAGCCUUGGAAGUCAGUAAGAGCUGCGUGCAACUUAUUUUCUUUUCUUUUUUCUUCCUUUAUUUUUUUAAAGUGACUAAUGGUGUCACAGCAACAGGUCAAAAAUAUAUAAGUAAUAAUAAUAAUGAUAUUAAUAAUAAUAAGUCAUAAAAGUCACACUUGCUGCUGAAAACAUUGACAAAACAAUCUGUAAAUUAUUCAAUAUAGGCAUGUGGUUCAUUUUUUUUGUUUGUUUUUUUGUUUUGUUUAUGAGUUCAAGUAUUUAAAGUUUUCUGGGUUUUAAAUGUUUCAUUUUUUGUGUGUCUACGGGGGGCUCUGCUUGUAGAGCUGAGAGAUAUUACUGCAUUUCUGAGAGUGUUGUUCUCCUGCUUUUUGUACACGCGUCUGCAGCGCCGGAUUCUCCUUGUGGUACUCCUUUCUCAUCAGGGUCUCGGCAAACCCUCGAUUCCUUUUUUUUUUCUUUCUUUCUUUUACUUUUUCCAGAGGUCAUCUCUUCAAAAACGCCCGCAAAGUACUCUGGGUAAUGACCCCCGUUGUACCUACCCAUCACAGCCAACCCUCAUUUGCGGCCAGCAGGCCGAACCUGCCGGUUCGCUGUUUUCUCCGAAAACCUAUAGGCCAGCAGGGGCGUGUCCACGCUGUAACCAGACCUCCGGCUAUACAGUUGUGCGUCCCUUGCAAUUCACUAUGCUGCGCUUGUGUUCAGGAGUAACCAGAUAGGUCUUGGGGUUUCUCUUAAAAAAAACAAACAAACAAACAAACAAAAAAACACACACACAAAGCCAAACUCCACAAUACUUAAUCAACUAUGUCUUCCACUGUAUAUAAUGUAAUGUAAAAAAAAAUUGCUAAGGAAAAUGAGAUAGAGGAUGGAUGUUUUGACUGUGCGUGUGUGUGUGUGUGAGAGAGUUUGGGUGUGUAAAUGAGUGAUAAAAUGAAUGUUUUAAGCACAUUGCUGGAUGGAUGGCUGAAUGACUUAAUGAAUGAAUGAAAGAAUGACAGAUGCAUGAGGUACAAAAAUAGACGAAUGAACUAAAAGAAUGAAAAAAGUUGUAUAAAGAAUGAUGCAUAAAUACAGCGCACCAGCAGAGGAAAGGGGGAGGGUAGCCCCCUCAACCCCCCCUUUGUCUCUCUCUCUCUCUCUCUUGCUCUCUCUCUAUCUUGCUCUUUCUCUCUCUCUUUCUCUCUUUCUCCUCUGGAAACCCCCAAUCUGUAAUAAAGUAGAAAUGUUUAUCUUUGCUCCCA